CUCUCUCUCUCUCUCUCUCCUCAUACAUGAGAGUGUCUCCUCUCCGCUGGUACCGGGACCGAGGACCGACCGAGGACCGAGCUGCUGUGUUGUUCCCCGGCUCUCAGAUGAUGAUGACUCGGUGCUGGACGGUUUGGACGGUUUGGACCGGGCUCCUCGGCCUCCUCUCAGCCGGUGUUCCAGCUGUUCAGUGUUUCAGCCACCUGAGCUUCAACCUGUGUAGGUGGUGCGAGACGUCCAGUCCGGUGUGCAAAGACAGCGUCUGCUUCAGUAACUGCAGCCUGUCGUCCUUCUGCAAAGUCACCGAGGAGAUCUGCAUCGCCGUCUGGAGGAAGAACAACGACACCAUGACGGUGAACACCACGUGUCACAACCCCACGCUGCCUCUAGACGGCGUGGACGCCGGCCUGCUGCUCAACUUCACCUCCAGAGAGUGUCACAUGGUCCCACAGCCCACCGACGACGGCGCCAUGAUGGUCUGUGGUUGCCACGGAGAACACGAGUGUAACGACAAACUCAUCUUCGACAAAGGAGCCAGUGGGUUCUCCAAGCUGCAGAGUAAAGACGUGAUCCCGGUGGUGGUGGUUAGUUUGGUUCCUCCGGUCCUGGUGGCCAUAGUCGCCACGGCGGCAUUCUACUUCUACCGUACGCACCGUCCUGAUAAACCGGGUCCUCCUGCACGCCCCGCAUGGCCCACCAAACGCACCCCGGAGCUCUACCAGGCCUUCGACCUGCCGUGUGGCGGUCUGGGGGCUCGGGGCGACGCUGGAGGAGGAGGAGGUCUGGUGGGUCCAGGAGCUGAAACUCUCAACAAUGACGUCAUCAGCAACGUGACGGAUGAACCGCUGCCCAUCAAGCUGGAGGUCCUGGUGGGGAAGGGGCGCUUCGCCGAGGUGUGGAGAGCGUGCCUGCUGCAGGGCGAGAAGGGCGGAGUCAACAGCUACGAGACCGUGGCGGUGAAGGUGUUUCCUGCCGUGGAGUACGCCUCGUGGAGAAACGAGUACUCCAUCAUCUCCGACCCCAAGCUGGAGCACGACAACGUGGUUCGGUUCCUGGCGGCUGAAGAGAGAGGCCACGCCCACAGGAAGUACUGGCUGGUUCUGGCCUAUCACGGCCUCGGGAACCUGCAGGACUUCCUCGCCGCAAACGUCCUGAGCUGGGAGGAACUUGUUGCCAUGGCGGGCAGCAUCGCCAGAGGGUUGGCUCAUCUCCAUAGUGACACAACGCCCGGUGGGAUAUCGAAGGUGCCGGUUGCCCAUCGGGACCUGAAGAGCAGUAACAUCGUGGUGAAGAGCAGGAAGGAGUGCGCCCUGUGUGACUUUGGUCUGGCGUUAAGACUGGACCUCUCCCUCACUGUGGACGACUACGCCAACAGUGGACAGGUGGGGACAGCUCGGUACAUGGCUCCUGAGGUGCUUGAGUCCAGGGUGAACCUGGAGGACCUCGAGGCCUUCAAACAGAUGGACGUUUACUCCAUGGCUCUGGUCCACUGGGAGAUGGCCUCUCGCUGCCACGCCGUCGGAGAAGUGAAGAGCUACGAGCCGGCGUUUGGCUCCAGGGUUUGCGAGCAGCCCUGCGUGGACAGCAUGAGAGACCUGGUGCUGAGGGACCGAGGACGGCCGGACAUCCCCUCGGCGUGGACGCAGCAUCAGGGGAUGAGCGUCUUCUGCUCCACCAUCACGGAGUGCUGGGAUCACGACCCCGAGGCCCGACUGACGGCUCACUGCGUGGUGGAGCGCCUCAACGUCCUGCAGGACGAGGAGGAGCGAGGAGGACAGCAGGAGGAAGAGGAGGAGGAACCAGGGCGAGACGCUGACAGAGAGGAAGAGGGAGAGAGAGAAAAGAACUCAGAGACACCAGACAAUGACCUGAGUCCCUCUUCCUCCUCCUCUUCCUCCCUCCAGACUCCCCAGCCAGACUCAAAGACAGGCGGUUCAGAGGUAUCCCAUGAUUCCCUGCUUCACACUGGUUCUGUGGUGUGAGCGGUGGACCUGGUCGUCCCACGCUGAGCGUCCUCCGUUCUCCUGUUGCUGGCUGCGUUCACACUGUCUGUUGUUUUUACCCCAGCUGGCCUGAAGCAGCUGAUAGCGACGGGACGACAAGCGGCUACAAAUGGACAGAAAACACUAAACUGUAGUCGCAGAUAAUAAAACAGACUCGCCAACCAAAAACCUUUUUCAUCGCCCUCUCCCGGUUUCCUCCCGGAGUCACAAUUGUCCCGUUUUUCUCCUGAUUUGUGCACCUUUCUUCCUGUUCCUGGCACUGUACGGCGUCUAUAAACUCUACUGUUUCUACCCAGAUGAAAAUAGAGCGACACCAACUGUAGUUAACAGACCAAAGAGUGCUGCUCGCAACCUUA